AUGGAAAGAGGGAGGGAAACAACGAAGAGAUUCUCCGGCGACGAGCAUUCUCCACUCGUUCUACCGUCGUCGCUUUGCCGUGUUCCUCUUAUCUCAGUCCCUCCUCCGUUUUCCGUCGAGUUAAGUCAGCUAAUUGUGGGUCGCAGUUUAACCCCCUUUGUAGCUCCACCGUCGCCGGAUUCCUCUUGUGCCCAUCCCUCCUCCUUUUUUCUCUUUUUUUCCGUCGCCGCCACCAGUGUUGUAGAAUUUGUCACCAUGAAAAGGAAAGAGCGUUGGUGGAUGUACGAUAGAUACGAUGGCGGUAAUGCCCGUAGAAUUAGGCAAGAGUUUGUGGAAGGUGUUGAACAAUUCAUACGGUUUUGUGAAGCUCAUCCUGAGAGCCCGGGCAUAGAUGAAGUAAGAUGCCCUUGUCUGUUAUGUAAGAAUAGAUGUCUUCAUGAUGCCAACAUAGUAAAACUCCAUUUGUACAAAAAGGGGUUUAUACCUGAUUACUAUGAGUGGGUUUCUCAUGGUGAAGGGUUCCCUACAUUAAGUGUAGAGCAACCAAAUACUUACCAUGAAAUGGUUCUCGAUGCUCUUUGGAGUAACCAUGAACCACCAGGUGACGAUACUACUAGUGGUUCAGAUGAAGAGCCAAAUGCUCAAGCAAAAGCAUUUCAAGAGCUUUUAAAGGCUGCCGAGCAACCACUGUACGAAGGUAGCUCCAUGUCUGUGCUAGAAAUGGCAUCACGAAUUGUAUCUUUGAAGUCGGAAUACAAUUUGCCCCAUAGGUGCGUUGAUGGGUUUUCUUCAUUACUGAACAAAGCGAUUCCCGACAAUAACAAGAUGGGGAAAACAUUCUAUGAUACAAAGAAGAUUCUUAAUGGACUUGAGCUUCCGCACAAGAAGAUCCAUGCAGGCCCAAAGGGUUGUAUGUUAUUUUGGAAAGUUGAUGCUGAGUUAGAUAAGUGUAGAGUGUGCAAAAGGGAUAGAUACAAGAGGACUUCAAAGAGGUCAUUGGUUCCAAUAAAAGAACUCAUCUAUUUUCCAAUCACUCCAAGGCUACAACAGUUGUUUGCAACAAAAAACUUUGUGGAGGAAAUGAUCUGGCAUUCCAAAAAUCCAAGAGUCCAAGGCACAAUGGCGCAUCCUAGUGAUAGUGAAGCUUGGAAGCACUUGGAUAGAUCCUUCCCCGAUUUCACAUCCGAACCUAGAAAUGUGAGACUUGGUAUGUGUACUGAUGGGUUUGCUCCUAAUGGCAAGUUUGGGGGUCAGUAUUCAUGUUGGCCAGUUAUUCUGACCCCUUAUAACUUUCCUCCAUCGAUGUGCAUGAAAAAACCAUUUAUGUUCCUUUCUUUGCUCGUUCCUGGUCCUAAAAAUCCAAAGGGGAACUUGGAUGUAUAUAUGCAACCGUUAAUUGAAGAAUUGAAACAACUUUGGGCAACAGCUGGUAAAAAAGCAUUUCCAUAUUGCUUGGACAAAUCAAAAGCUUUUUGGCUUGAACAUGGUGGUAAAAUGUCUUGGUUUGAUUGUCACCGCCAAUUUCUUCCUCCCGAACAUCCUUUUCGAAACAACAAAAUUGCUUUUUGUAAGAAUAAGGUUGAAAAGGGGACACCACCUCACAUAAUAUCCGGUGACGGGCUGUUGCAACAAGUUCAACACUUUGCUAAGGCAACAUAUGGACCAGAAGCACUCGCAAGCUUGAAAAAGAUGGAGACAAUGUUGCAGAACUUGUUCUCUAACUGUUAA